CUUAUAUUCGGGGUCAUAUGUGCGGCUUCCACUUUGAUGUCUGGUAGCAUUUUUCAUUCAUUUAUAUCUACCGAUUUCCUGUGUGAAACUUAAGGGAGACUCCAGCUUCAGUAUGUCUGGUAACUAUUACCAGCCCAAUGGUGAGAUGCAAAGACAGAGAGGUUUGAAGCGUACAUACAAUGACAGAGGAGAUACCGGUUAUGCUAUAUUGGACAAUCCUCCCAGACAAUAUCACUAUUCCAACGAUUGGAUACCUCCCGGUAGAAAUUCAAAGGGAUUGGUAUCUCACAACUUUUACCACAACAGUAACAACAUCCCCAACAAGAUGCUACGGAUGGAAAACUCUCGAUCAUACUCGACCUCAUCAGUUCCAUCAUCAUCCAGGUCAUUGCCCUAUUCUGAGGCUCCUCACUCACAUAACUUUAUGCAAAGGACUGUCAUGAAAGGUCCUAGGAAACAUUCAUUAUCAUCAUCAUCAUCAUCAUUAUCAGCGCCUGCAGUAGCUACAAGGACCUCGCACAGUAAAGUUACCUUGGACAAUGGUGUGAACUCCGACACAAGGAGUGACAAAACAAGGAGUGGCAAAAAAAGUGGAAAUAGUACAAACACGAAUAAGCACAAACACAGUGAAGAUGAGGUUGAUAAACCUGCCAAGUCUAAACAAGAAGUGGACAGUGGGACACAGAAGAGGAGAGUUUCAUCACCAGCUUUGAGUAAGACAGAAGAUACUACAAAGACAGAUUCAGAUAGUGAGGCUGCUGAGGCAGGCCCUUCUGGUAGCAAGAAGAACAAGAAAGACAGUGCAAAGUCUCAGGAGAUGUCAAGAAGGAUAUGGAGCUAUUAUGUUACUAACAAACAAAGCAAAGUAGAAGAGACUGUAAAAGAAGAAAUGAGACAGAGGUUACAAGAUUGCAUCAAGGAAAUCUACCCAAAUGCCCUUCUUAUACUCGGUGGAUCUUCAUUGAAUGGAUUUGGCAGCAAGGGAUGUGAUGCUGAUAUGUGUCUUUACUUUAGUGAUGCACCGAUCAGUCAGAAGGAUGCUAGGGAUGUUCUACUCACUCUCAGGGGAUACCUACAACAAAGAUGUUCAUUCAUCAAGAAUAUGAAAGUCAUCUUUGCGAAGGUUCCUAUACUCAAGUUUCAGCACAAGAGAUUCAGGGAUCUUGAAUGUGACCUCAAUAUAAAUCAUCAUACAGGUGUUCGCAAUACAGCUCUUCUCCAAACAUACUCAGAAUUGGAUUGGCGUGUGGCUCCCUUGGUGAUGCUGGUAAAGCAGUGGGCUAAGAACCAUGGUAUCAAUGAUGCCAGCCAAGGAACGCUUUCCUCCUACUCCUAUGUCCUCAUGAUCAUCAACUACCUCCAAGUUGGAUGUAAACCUCCUGUAGUGAACUCAGUUCAGGCACAGGAAUGGGGUCGAAGCGUGUUCUCAGAUCGUCAGAGUAUACUCUAUUCAUGGAAUAGACUGUAUGAUCAUCCCAAGAACUAUAUGAAUGAUCCUAGAAACCAGUCCAAGAAUUCUCAGGAUCUCUACUCACUUCUCAAGGGUUUCUUUGAAUACUACACCAACUUUGACUUUGAGAAUACAGUGAUCAGCAUCAGACUAGGCAGCUGCUUCCCAUGUACCCUUCUACCUCCUAAUCAUCAGGGAUGGAGACAAAAGUACAUCUUCAUUGAAGAGCCUUUUGACCGAAUCAACACGGCACGUUCCGUCUUUGACUGGGGCCGAUACAGACAGAUCCUGGAGACUUUGGAGGAAACUUAUGAAUCACUAUGCAAGACCAAUGACCUUGACCUGGACAGCUUCCUUGGCUACAGCUGAUGAUGGCUCAAAGCCCUCUGUCUAGAGCUAGCUAUGGUAGGAAUCAGUGUUUCUGUGUCGUGUACCAGUUGAAGCCAAGCAUUGGAUAUUGGAGCAACGUGUGCACUCUCAGGCUCCAAGCUGUGUGAUGAUAACCAUUAGACAUCUCAGGUUUGCUGAUCUGGAAUUAACCGGCAAUCCUGCAUUAAUAUUGCAUCAUUCUGAAGAUGAUGGACUUUUGUUGAAUGAUUGGAAAGCCUCAGAAAGUGAUGCUAGGUGUGGUGCCCUAGCCCUACAUGCUCAGUGGUCAUUGAUCUUAUGUGUAAAGUUAAUCAUGGGAUGUGAUUUAUGAUACCUGCUCUAGCAACGAUUGCUUUGCUGUCAUUUUCCUAUACUAAUCAAAGUCCACAAUUCAACCCAUGACCCAACACUAUACAUAGCACUUUAAACACUAACCCUUACUUCACAUCUAAUCCCAUACCCAAUCACAACCCUAACCUAUUUCUUUCUGGAAAUAUAGCCCAGAGAACAUGUGGCUGGAGCAUAUCAUGUAGGAUCACACUCAAGAAAUUUCAGGUUUGUUUGUCUUGAGUCCUUUGUGGGGUCUCUGACAUGAGCGUUUAUCGUUCCCGACGUGACACACUUUGUAAGGGAAAAAAAGAACCCUUUUAGAAUGCGACAAUCACCAGCAUAUCACCGGGUUAAAUAUCACAUUUAGGUCACCAAGAGUUUAGAAUCUAUGUCGUGUCGGUGUAUAAUGAGACCCUUCAUGAUAUCAGCUGCACAUGGUUUGUUGUAUGGAGUGAUUCUUUCUCAUGAAAUAUUUAAGUUGUGACACAAAAGAGAUUAAAAAGUUGUAGUAACUUUAAACAAGACAUUUGCAAUAUUAAGAAGUACCAGGGAUGCCAAACAAUGAGCACUUAACAUUAGUUGCCCCUGAUUUGAAGGGUCUAAGAUCAAUUGAGAGCAAUUAUAACUACCAUAUGACAUGAAAUCUCUAUUCACAUGACUCGGUGAAUAUUGGUGCUUGCAGCGAGUGUCUUUUCACCAAUGUUUAAUUACUCUGUUCGCAUUGCUGGUUGAAAACAGCUCUGUUUUCGUCAUUAUUAUCUCAAAUUCUGAAUGAAGUUUAGAUACUUUCCCUCAGAUUAUGGUUUCAAACUCAAGAUCCCAUGUUAACCCAAGCUGAGAAUACCAACUCAAAUCCUGUUGCUUACGGCUUGUUCACAUACGACGUAGUAGUCCGUAGCAUUAUUUUAUGACAUUCGCGUAAUGUGCUUUAAAUUUCUAUACAUGUAUCUUAUAACACACAUAUAGUGAGUGUGCGUUGGACCUUGGUUGUGCGUGCACACUUUUUCAUUUCCUCUUGCCGUUAAAUCGUACAUCACAAGAAAACAUCUUGGUCUCCUGUGUUGUAUGUGAACAAGUCAUCAGUCUUUCAUUUUUCUUCAGAGCAUGUUUUCCCACAUUCUUAUGGGGCAUCGUGGCUGUGAGGUGCAUAUUGUACCACUCUUGGACCCUGUUUUAUAAAACUUGUUAUCGAUUACAAAUUUCAUAAUUAAGUGACCAAAUAUGCUAUCAGCCAAUCACAUGCAUGAUAUGAGUAGGUCAUAUCAGUUUUGUACAUUGUUUAAUAUUGAUAACAAGUUUUAUGAAAAUGGGGACCUGAAUGGCAUUUUCACCAAAGAUUGUAAUCAUCAGGUACAAAAUAAGGAAUUUACCUCUUAUCUGGUGUGUCAAAAUGAUUUAUGCAAGCCAAUAUUAGAUACAUGCAUUCCUCUGUAUGUGUCAUCAUCCACUGUUAAAGGUGGAGGAUUUUCAACAAGGCAUGCAUUGUUUAUGUUUCUGCUUUGGUAGAUAAGCUUGCAAUGUUGUGUUUAUCAGUUAAUAUCAUUAUUGUCAACGUUACCAUUGGGUUUGCAUAGAACAGCGCUGUGUGGUACUACUCCUCAUGGAGCUACUGAAUGUAAUUGAUACAGUGAUGUGGAAGCUUGUCAUGGAUUUGACUCCUUUCUUUAAUGAACUAUAUUGUAAAAGGUCAUGUCAGGUCGUGUCAGGUCAUGUCAGGUCAAAUACAUAUAACUUGAACUUGGGUUUAUGAAAAGGAGACCAACUGCUUGAAAAUCAUCAUGGAUAGAUUCUAAUCAAAAGAUGAAUAUAUUGACUGAAGCAGCACUGAGCAUUUUUUUAGCCAUAUAUUUUAAGAGGCAACAGUAAAUCAUUAGGAAUUUAGAUUUAUGGCGCAAACUAAUAUUUUGGAAAUAACGAAAGAAUGUUGUAAAAGAUGUCCAACUUUUGCAAAAUGAUGAUUAUGUAGGAUUGUAGGGCCUCUUACUUGAUUUGUGUUAACUUUGAGAUAUGAGAAAGAGAUAGUAGCCAGAUGCAAGGAUUUAUAAAAUAUGAAUUCCUUCUGAUAUUUUAGGCCUGUCAAGAUUUUGGGAACCUUAUUAUACAUUUGAAGGUAUUAUACCUGCCAAUGAAAUACUUCCAAAUGUAUGCUUUGAGACAGACUAAAAACAUUAGUUAGUUAAUGACUACCAGAGAUGUCAAGUAACAAUUGCCUGUUACAAAUAUUUGUUGUUGUUUUUAGUUCCGGUAAUGUAAAUUUUCCAUUAUGAUUAAUGUCACUGUUUAAUAACAGGAUGAGGAUAUGAUAUUGACCCAAAGACACAUCAUACCAAGAUCAGGGACCCCGUUUCACAAAGCCUUUUUUCAAUGACAAAUGACAAAAAGCAGUGACAACUCUGCUGAUAACCAAUCGGAAGCAAGGAUUUCAGUAGCUUAUAGCAAAGACUGUCAUUUGUUGCUGAAGACAUGUUUUGUGAAACGGGGCCCAGGAUGGGUGAUUCAUAUAACUUGUUAUCAAUAACAAGCUGAAUUUCUAUCACAAAUUUGCUCUUAGCCAAUCAAAUGCCACGAUUGCACCAGCUUAUAACAGUUAUUGUAUUAACUUGUUAUUGAUAACAAGUUUUAUUAUUGAAACAGGUCCCAGGAAGGGUGAUAAAUCAUUCAAAGUCAUGUAUUGUAAAUCUUCUGUUUGUAUACCACAAUAUUGUGUACCAUGUGCGUCAUUGUAAUUGUCAUUGUAGCUGCCAUUAAGCCCACCACAUAAUAUGAUCCAAUAGAUAGCUUUUUGAUUUCUGGUGGGAAUAACACCAUUAGUAUAUUCAUACAAAAAAACGUGUGAAAUCUUCCAAAUUGCAGUUUCUAUAGGUCAUACAAGUAGUAAACAUUGAAUUUGCUGGGUAUCAAAGUCUUUCAGAGACCUAUGCAGAAAAGACCAAAAAGACACCAAAGCAGCUCCAGGGUCCUGUUUCACAAAACUUGCUAUCAGUGACAAAGGACAGUUUUUGUUAUGCUAGUGAAAUACUUGCUUCUGAUUGGUUAUCAGUAUAUUUGUCAUUGAUUUUUGUCAUUUGUCAUUGAAAAAAGGCUCUGUGAAACGCGUCCCAGAUUAAGCUUUCAUUUUUCUCUGACUGGGAGGCUCAAGUUCCCACUAUUUCAAAUUUAAUCAGGAAGAUUUUACAUGUUUAUAGUUUCAAAUGUAAUUAUUGCAAUCUCUUUCUAAAUUGGUUGGCAGCUCAAUACACCCUUCCAAGGUUACACAAGUGCUCAUGCACCAUCAUGGGCGCCAUUUUGAUUGGCGAGUAAAUAUUGCAAGUAACAUUUAUUUCAUGCAGCAUGCAGAGCGCAUGUGCCGAUAUGAUGUGAGCGCACACGGCAGGCAGGGGCGCUACAAUACAUGCGCGUCUGACAAAAUUGAUGACACAAUAUUUACUCGCAAAUUAAAAUGGCGACCUUAUAACCAUGAAGGGGUGUAUUCAAAGAAUAUGUGUUGGGCUCUACUUAUAGACAGUUAUACAUUCAUCUGUUCAUAUUUCUUGUCUCUCUUCCAGUUGUGACUACUUCGUGUUCUGUAAUAUGACAUAAACAAGCAGAGCUUAUAAAAAAUAUACGUGGGUUUUAAGGCUUACAACAUGAGACAUACCAUCUGAAGUACAUGGUGCAAUUUUUAUGUAUUUCUGCUUGUGUAUAGAAGUGCUAUAUUGAGAAUCCCUAGGAAAUACACUCAAACGUAAGUUUGGGAAAUGUAUGAAAACAUUUUUGUUUGUAAAGAGCUUUGUUGAAUUAUUUAUAGUAUGUGAUUGUCCAAUAACCAAGUUAUUGGUAGAUAUGUCAUUGCAAAAGUAAUUUCAUUAAAAAGUAACAAGUACUGUAUGUCAAGCUAACAAGCUCAUAAUCUUUUAUUGUAGAUGGUAUGGCGAAAAGCUGGUGUGUCACAAAAUACUGUCAAAAAUCUGUAUUUGACUGUGUUUGUGAACUAGUGUAGAUAUAGUCGAGUAUAGCUUUCAUAUUCUGGAUAGCAAAUAGAAAAAGAAUAUUUUGCUGCUGGAAUUUUAUGUAGUAUAUUUUAUGUUUCAUGAUAUCAGGAUUUCAGUAUCUCUGAUUUUUAUUUUUGUGUAUGAUGCCAUGAGGGGUCAGGAGAAACGUGCUGUUCUGUGAUUAUGUUGAUUUUUGUUUAUAAUAAAAGGAUAUAUUUACAACUAUUAAAA